CGGUGCUCCAGUACCGUCACACUCGGUCAGAUCCAUGCCGCUCUGUACAGGAGCCAUCCCCGUAUCACUGCCACUGUUACUCUACAGGGCUCUCACGUGACGCGCACAGCGAUACGUACUCUCACUUCUCCUUUCAAGAAAACGGAGUGCUAUAUAGGGAGGGUUCCGGUUGAGCGCCCGUCUCACAAAACAUCAUCUGUGCAUCUUGCCUAACUCCAACUCCCCCAAGCAGCUACCGAACAGUGGGUGGUAUUCUAGGUGAGAGAGAGCUUGACAAUGUGCGGCGGAGCUAUCAUCGCCGACUUCGUCCCCGCCGGCGACCGCCGCCCGGCAGCCUCCUCCACCGACACCAACUCCGCCUCCAACCUCUCCGGCGAUGAGGAGAUGGCGGUGGCGAGGCUGCCGGCGCCGGGGCGCAAGACGGCGUACCGCGGGAUCCGGCGCCGGCCCUGGGGCCGCUGGGCGGCGGAGAUCCGGGACCCAAGGAAGGGCGCGCGCGUCUGGCUGGGCACCUACGCCACGCCCGAGGACGCCGCGCGCGCCUACGACGUCGCGGCGCGCGAGAUCCGCGGCGCCAAGGCAAAGCUCAACUUCCCGCCCGCAGUAGGGGACGGCGCGCGCGCGCCGGCCGCCAAGAAGCAGCGCCGGAGGGUCGCCGCGGCUGAGGAGAGCUCCGGGUCCACUCAGGCGGCGAGCGUCGUGGAGGAGGCAGGCGGGGGUGGCGGCGGCGGCGGCGGCGAGGAGAGGCUGAGGGAUUGCAUGGACGGGCUCGAGGCGUUAUUGGGUCUGGAGGACGUCGCCGCCAACGAGGGCGACGCCGUCGAGCCGUGGGACGCCGUCGACCUCAUGUUCGCGUAGGCGCGCGUGCCGUCACUGUGAGCGGCCGCCGCGGUUGCAGUUGCAGCCCGCAUGGAAGUAGCAACCAGCUAAUCAAGCACCCUGCUGGGUGGUGUUACUACUAGCUUGUACCGAUUUAUGCAUGUAGUGGAGUGGAUUUAUCUCGUUCAAAAAUAAACCACAAGAGUAAUUAGGAGCUCCAGGCUUUGUUGCUAAUUGCUACUGGGCACAAGCCGGGAGUAGUAGUAUUUCGUGGUUUCAGACUUCAGAGCGGUUGAAGCUUUGCCUAGCUCCGGCACAAGCAUUUCAACCUUCUUCCUAUCUAAGAGUAACUUGUUACCGAAGUUCAUGCUUUACAUGAGAAAACAAGUAGUGUGAUGUUUGUUUGUGUAGUUCGUACA